AUGACCUCAGCGUUCCUUCGGAAUGACCCAACACCUCCAGAGAAUCAGUUGCGAACAGUCGACCCAUGGAAAAGAAGAGUGCAAUUUGGAAAACCAACAAUUCAGAGGUUCGAAGAGCCACAGAAGAAGGUGUUUUAUGCGCCAGAAUGGGAAUUCAAAAACAGAAGAAACGAGGAUAAGGAAUAUAAUCCGGCCAAAGAGUAUGGAAUGACUCCAGAAAAAUGGGAAUAUCAAAAUAAUGUGAGCUUUUUGACAAGUUUGAUAUAAAAAUUCUAAAAUUUAGGCAGUAAUCGGUCUAAUCUUUAGGUUGUAUGGCCAGCGGGUCACAUUGUCCCAGAAACUGGACUUCCAAAAGCAGCAGAGGUCUUUCAUUGCGUUGAAAAUAUUCAUUCGUCGACUAGAAAAAUGUUUUACGCAUGCCAAUUUGCCUGGAGGAUGAAUGUGGACGACGCGAUUUCACAACUAAAAUUCAAGCUGGGAAAAGUGAGUUGAGUUUCAACUUGGUUUUUUUGUUUUUAGGGAGCUGCUUGGAGAGCUAUUUAUCAUCAAGUACAAUAUAACCAGCGUAAUUUUAGACGUCCCUAAUCCUGGCCAGCGCUCUAGAAGAGGCCAAGAGCCGAGCAGAGACCGAAUUCUACAUUAACAACCCGUCAGAGAUGUUUGUCGCAGAAUGCUUUGCCAUUCAAUGCAGAAUCUUGAAGAGUUACAAAAGACACGCUCGAGAAAAUUGGAACAAAACUCGCCAUCGAUACGUCCAUUUGUUUGUGCGAUUAGAGGAGGGAGUCGCGCCACAACACAAACGAGCCGUACCAAUCCCCCAUGGAUGGGAUAAAAUGCGAGAUUAUUACGCUUAUCUUAGGUCCCGAGAGGUCCGGUAUUCAAUUUAGGAAGAAAUUGUUAUUGUUUUCAAUAAAUUGUUGAGUAGUUUGAUGUGUUUUGGGAGGUAUAAGGGACUUUUCGUUGUUUCGACAGAGUAUUGGAAGGUUGUUAUAUUGUUUUAGAUGUAUUAAUUGUUGGUUUAGAUGGUGAAUAUCGAUCAGACCGAAGGAUUCGAGCUCUCCCCGUUGGAACAAAACGCUUUGGAGCGAAGAAAACGCCUUGAGGAUCUACGGAAAAGAACUUUGGAGAAGAGGAGGAAUGGAAAUGCGGAUGAUGAAGAGGGUCCGUUAAUGUAAGAUUUGAUCUUGAUAUUGGUCAUUGAAUUUUAGGCUCUUAAACCCGAGGUCUUAUAAGACAGUCACCUCAAAUAUUAUCAACGUGGGCGACGAGGUUCGAGAUGUUCUUCAGAAGACGGAACAAGAUAUUCAGACAAUUAUUGAUGAUGCAAAGAACAUCCAGUUGGGAGAUGACUUGGUAUGUCAUGGAUAAUAUGGCAUUAUCAUUUUAAUUUUAGGAUAUCUCCGUGUUGGCCCCAAAGAAAGUGGAUUGGGAUCUGAAAAGAGGAAUUCAGGAAGAUUUGGAUAAGCUGGAAAGGAGAACGAACAGAGCCAUCGUUCAGAUUGUCAGUAAGUAGAUUAGACAUGAUGGUUUGAGACAAAAAGCGAUUGUUUUUAUAGUUGUUUGUGUUGGAAAUUUGAUGAGAACGAUAGAUUCUUUUAUUGCUUUACAUUAUUUAUUAUUUUGAUCUUAUUGGAUAACUUUUUUUUAAUCUUGUUUUAGAAAUUAAGUCAUCUUCUUGAUAGCUAUGUAAUUUUGAGUUUAUUCAAUGUUUUUUUCAGGACAGCGCCUACAAAGAGAAAAGGACCUGGACCUCGCUAAGACUGUUGACAUGAUUCAAGAGAAAGACACGGCCUCGCUCCGUCAUUAA